AUGACUGGAGUAAUCACUGGCAUUCAGGUUCUUCCAUACGACGAGAGGUUUACGGAGCUGCGUCUGCAUUCUCAGGAGCAACAGAGAACGAUAGAAAACAUGCUUAAGGUUUUCAGACACAUCGCUACGAACCAGAAGUCAAUCAUUAUCAUGGACGUAGAGUCACUCUUUUUCACUGAUCUUCACCCCAAAUCUAACUACUUAGAAAACAAGUCAAAUUCAAAACCAAUCUAUCCAUCAUAUUGGAAGCAGACAUCUCAAAGCCAAGCAAAUGAAAAUCAUCCACAUCGAUCCCUAGAACCACAGGACCACCUCGACCGAGACACCCUCCUGCAGGGACUGUGGGGAGACUCAAGAACCACAUGCCGAGGCCUUAUUCUCGACCUCACCUCCAGCAGCAACACCACUCACCUCGCUCUCAGGUUGGUGGAGAUGUCUGGACUGUGGCGGCUGCCGAAGACGGUGGUGAUAGCCAUAGGUGGGAGGGCGGGGGUGAGGGCCGUGCUCCUCCACCACAGUCUCCGCAACACUGUCCACGCCCUCUACCUCGCCCUCCACCACGACCUCUACCUCGCCCUCCACAACGACCUCCACCUCGCCCUCCUCCACGACUCUCAACUCAAAACUGAUUCACGCCUCAGGAAGCUCCUCGCCCAGGAAGCUUCGGGUGGCGUGAGGGUGUACAGGCGGUGUCUGUACUGCAACAACGGGGAAGCUGACGCCCAACUCGUCCACAACAUGAACAUCAACUCACCCGACCUUCCCUGGGACGACCUCUUCCACGAAAGCUUACAAGAUCUCAUGGGCAACAAGAUGAGAAUAGCCACACCAACACAAUACUUCCCAUACGUGGACUACCAGCGGGUGAACGAGGCCCCGGGCACAACCGUCCUGUUGAGAGACUCCAUUGAUGCCCGGCUCAUCCACACUUUCGCUGCCACGCUCAACUUCACUUUCGAAAUCCAUGAGGAACCAAAUCGCACCUGGGGAGUGGAGAUGACUGUGGGCAACUUCAGCGGGAUGAUUGGUCUGCUCCAGCGGGAACAAAUAGACUUCUGCACAGUUACUGGACCACUGGCGAACCGCCUGAGGGUCGUUGAGUAUCUCAAGUGCUAUCCUUCUGACCCGUUUACGGUCACCUCUCUCAAGCCCACGCUCCUGCCUAAAUAUCUCGCUCUUGUACGUCCAUUUGAAGGAGAGCUGUGGGUGGCGCUGCUGGUGAGCGUGGUUAUGUGGGGCGUGACCCUUUGGCUGCUGCAGAGGGCGUGGCAGUGGGUGGCUGGAGGGCGUCGAGUAGGACUCAUCCCCUCCCUCUUGUAUGGUUAUGGUGCUCUCAUGCAGAACCUGCCCUCUGACCCCUCCAUCAGCGUCUCUGGCAGGAUGUUGGUGGGAUGGUGGCUUGUGUUCUGCUUGAUCAUCACUACAGGGUUUUCUUCGUCCUUGAUGGCGCACCUCACUGUGAAGGAAAGAUCGCGGCCACUUGAGACUUUAGAGGACCUUGUGAAUCAGCCUCACUGGAAGUGGGGAACCGAUCCCUGGAUGCUAACAGAAGCAGCCGUUGAUUAUUUUAGCAAGCAUCCUAAUCCUGUAACCAGGCAUAUAUUUCAUAAAAUGGAGGUGAUGCAGGUGGACGACGCUCUGAGAAAAGUGCUGGCAGGAGGAUUCUCCUUCAUCAGCUACAAGAACUACGUUACCGUCAUCAUUGAGACUCGCUACUCGGACGCGAGAGGCAACACUCCCCUCUACAUCAGCAACAAGGCCUUUCCGAUCUUAGCUGCCUUUGGGUGGGGCAUCAGAAAGGGCGCACCAUUUCUUCAACGCUUCACACAACUAAUGACUCGACUGGAAGCUGCUGGCAUAAUUACCUACUGGACUGGGGACUUAAUGGCCAGACGGGUGCGGGAGGAGAGGAAGGCGCCAACCCUCCUCACUACAACCAUCCUGGGUAACACAAACCAGGAUGAAGGGGAGGAAGUGGUGCUGAGCCUCAACCAUCUGCAGGGAGCCUUCUACAUGUUGCUGGUGGGCUCCUGCGUCGCCUUCCUCACCCUGCUGGGGGAGAACCUCGCCCACUGCUGCUCCUCGCCUCAGUAACACCUUCCUCACCCUGCUGGGGGAGAACCUCGC